ACCUCUCUUUGCUGUUGGCUAACGUGGAAGGGAAAGACCCUGCCGGGCUGUGGGAGCUGGACCCGGCUGCACCCCCUUCCUCCUCUCCCGGCGUGUGGCCCAGCCCUGGGAUGGGAGCCGGAGGCCCGGGAGGCCGCGGACGCGGUUAGCUAAGGCGCGCGGCUUGGAGCUGGGGGAAGGAAGGAAGGAGCUGCCUUUAUUGUGCGCGGGUUAGGGUGGGGGUCGGGCAGGAGAGAGGGGACCCCUCUGGUUCCAUGCGGGCCCCUGCUCCCGGGGGGCUGUAGCUGCACGCUCGGGGAGGUUGCGGGGAGCGAUGGAACGCCGCUGAUUGUCUCCGCGUUCAGAGCCCCCCGGGCAGGAGUGUUUCCGCUCCGGCCGCGUUAGGGAGGCAGCUGGGGGCCGGCCGCCUUCCCCGGCUCCAGCCAUGGCUCCCAUGGGCAUUCGCCUCUCCCCGCUCGGCGUGGCCGUCUUCUGUCUGCUAGGGCUGGGCGUGCUCUACCAUCUGUACUCCGGCUUCCUGGCCGGCCGCUUCGCCCUCUUCGUCUUGGGGGGAGACCGAGGAGGCGGUCCCGACUCUCCGGGCGCUCAGGCCGAUGGGGGCACGGUGGACCUCCGCGAGUUACUGGCGGUGUCCGUUCUGGCCGCCGUCAGGGGAGGGGAGGAGGUGAAGAGGGUCCGCGAGAGCAACGCUCUCAACGAGAAGGCCAAAGGGAAAACCCGGGAAGGAGCGGAGGAGAAGAUGACCAGCGGGGAUGUGUUGUCCAACCGCAAAAUGUUCUAUCUGCUGAAAACAGCCUUCCCCAACGUGCAGAUUAACACUGAAGAACACGUGGAUGCAGCUGACCAGGAAGUGAUCUUGUGGGAUCACAAUAUCCCUGAAGACAUCUUGAGGGAGAUAACCAAACCUAAAGAGGUCCCAGCAGAAAGUGUUACUGUCUGGAUUGAUCCACUUGAUGCUACACAGGAAUAUACGGAAGAUCUUCGGAGAUACGUCACUACAAUGGUGUGUGUAGCUGUCAAUGGUAAACCAGUACUGGGAGUAAUACAUAAGCCAUUCUCUGCAUAUACAGCUUGGGCAAUGGUGGAUGGUGGUUCCAAUGUGAAAGCGCGUACUUCCUACAAUGAGAAGACCCCAACGAUCAUCGUGUCUCGCUCCCAUUCCGGAACAGUUAAACAGGUGGCUCGCCAGACAUUUGGAAACCAGACCACUAUCAUAACCGCAGGUGGUGCAGGUUACAAAGUUUUAUCCCUCUUGGAUGUGCCUGAUGAGAACCAAGAAGAAGCUGAUAUCUAUAUCCACGUGACAUAUAUUAAAAAAUGGGAUAUUUGUGCUGGCAAUGCUCUCCUCAAAGCUCUUGGGGGCCAUAUGACCACUUUGAGUGGUGAAGAGAUAAGUUACACUGGCUCCGAUGGCAAUGAAGGGGGACUCCUAGCCAGUAUCAACAUGAACCAUCAGGCGCUGGUCAAAAAACUCCCAGAACUUGAGAAGACAUCCCACAAAUGAGCAAAAGUCUACAAGGAUAGGCUUCUUCUUCCCAGAGCUGAGAGGGGUCAAUCUGAAGGACCCUGGGCUACAGACAAUCUGCGGAAGACUAUGCAUGGUCAAGGCCAUCUAGUCUUCUUGAGAUGAUGGAAAGCAACAGGGACUCUCCCCACUCCCUACUCCCUUCCCUUUAAGAUGCAAGAUUGAGGAAGAUGGGUCGCUUUUUAUCUCACUCAUUGUCUUUGUUUUGGAGACUUUUUUCAUACAGUCGUCAUACUCAAGGUGCAUAUUUGUAGAUAGAUUGUGGGUUGAAAUCUAGUUCUGAACAGACUAUAUUUGAGUGACUUGUCACAACAGCAUCAUUAACCUCAAAAUACUUUUCAUAAAGAAUCAGGCAGAACCAAGGAUUAAUUUUGAAAGCUCAUUUGGCAUUACUUUAUAAUAUACCUUGCUGAAAAUGAGGUCCCGUUGAGGAUUUCUCCCCAGUUCCAUUUGGAUGGAAAGCACAAGGAGCCAAACAUCCAUCUAUAUGCAAGAAAUAAAUAACUGUAUUCAUCUGUGACAGAAGAACAUUUCUGACUGAUUAAAAAAACAGAACAGUUUGAUUUUGUUUUUUCCAGAACUUUUAAAAGUUGGUCAUCCAGCUGGUAGAAAAUAAUGAAUUUUUGAUGAUUUGUAAAUCAUGGUAACUAUUAUUUCUGUGUAUUUUAAAAGAAAAUUGUGUUUCUUGACAUAGCUUUAAUGUCUUGCCGUUGAUUUUCACUUUCCCUGUGAAAGAUGCAUGACUCGCUGGGUGCUACCUUAACCCCCUUCCCAGUCCUAAUUAUUGAUUCUGCUUCUUACAAGUUUUAUUUUGGAGUUUGAAAAUUGGCCCUAGGGAUUUCACUACACCUUUCAUGAUCUAUUUUUAAUGAAAAGACUAUUUGGAGAAUUAGGGACAGAAAAAUGGAUGACAAAAAUUAAACGAAUUGUUUGUAAUUGAAAAUUGAUGUUUGGUAGUACCAGAAUUGAGCUGGCCUUCCCUCCCCCCUCCCCCCCAAAAAUACUCAGAUUAACUGAUUUAAAAAAAAGGUUUUAUCUAGUUUGCAUUUAAGAGAUCUGAUCUUUAUAGUAAAUUCAUCCAGAAAGAGUUAUUGCUGCUCUCACUGUCUGUUCAAGAACUUUUCCCCAGACUACAAGUGGUUUUGGGGUCAUCACGUAAAUCCACUGCAGGGUAAAACACGGAGGCUUAGAGUUCAUUCUGAUGAGAGUUUUCUUCUGAUUACACUUCAGAAAUUAGUUCAAACAGGAAGGAUGAAACAUUUGCCUUGUGUCCUGUUUUGUUUUUGCUGUAACUAGGGCCUGUCUCUGAGCUUUCAUCCAGAAGUCUGGUUUCUCUCUGGGUGAUACUAGUGAUUACAUACCUGGACACUUCAAGGACACCACCAAUGCCAUUCUUUUUUAUCUCUUUUGUGUUCCAUUGUCCUAUGGAACAAUGGCAAAGAAGGGAUUCUGUUGAGAGAGAGGUUGGACUAAAUUUAACCUUUUAAGCUUAAUUUUUUGUGGUUUUCUUUCAAUAACCUGACUUAAUGUUUCUGUACCGUGAAUAAUAGCAUUUAGCUUUACUGUGGAGGUACAGCCGCCUAGACUUCAUAAUCUGGUGAAGGAGGCUUAUUUCGUGUGGUGCAGAUCAUGUUGAGGACACCAUUUCUAGGCCCUUCCUCGAGGAAGAUGAGUGACAUGGCUGCACAAACACCUACGAUGUGGCUAAAGGCUACUUGAGUGACCAGAGGACUAACAGAAUGUCCUAGCCCACCUAAAAAUGGCAUGCAUAAGAUGUGAAUAUCUCUGAGAAUUCCGUGGUCAGUAGAAGACUGGACUCACCAUGGUAGUGAAAGAUCACAUUGUGUCAUCCAUCCACUUUUACCUAGUCCUCAAUGCUGAUAGUAUAACUGGCAAGAUGGUAGGCCUGGGCUGAGUGGGAGUAUGUGGUCAUGAGCAAAGAUUCCCCUUGGCUCAUUCUUUUGAAAUAGGUUUUUUCUGUACCCAUGGCCUUUGUUGAGUGAUGAAUAUUUUUUUGACCAUUCUAAUGAUUAGGAUAUUUGUUAUUUAUGCAGUUAGCUGGGAAUUCUGUAUACAGUGUUAAGAGUUUCAGAAUUCUUGGCCAUUUGGUUAGCAUUAUGCUUAAAAAGGACCUCUUACUGGCAUUGUAAAAAUGACAAGGGAAGUUGAUCAUUGCUAACUCAACCUGAAUCCUCUAGUAAUGUAAAUGUAAGUGGCAUUUGUUUUAAUUCAGUCAGUUUUUAUUAAGGGUAUACUUUGUGCAAACCACUGUUGAGGGUUGAGAGGGAUACAAAGAUAUGUGAGGCAUAGUCUUAACCAGCACAUUUUUUAGCUGGUAUUCACCAGUAAAUAUAUACCAGCAAACAACUGAUUUGUACCAGCAAAGUUAGUGAGUCACAUAUUUGCCAGUUUGGUCCUCUGUACUAAGACUAAAUGUGUUAGGAGGAGAAAUGCCACCGAUGGCCAACCCUGACUACAUGUGACAACAUAAGACUUUAGGUUUGAAAAUUCCAAUUCAGUGAGGACAAGAUCCCUCCCGUAACCUUGUUGAAAAAUGUUCCUUUUGCACUUCUCCAUGACCACCGAUUCCAUUCAGCAGUGAACAGGCAUUAAUUGGUAGUCAUCUAUGACUUCAUUGAUGUGACAGUGAAUUGUGUAUUUGGCAUUUUGAGUUUUAGGGUGGCAUUGUGCUUUUCUCCCAGUAUUGCAUAGUUAAUUAUGAGCCUUAAAAUAAUGUUUUUCUCAUCUUCUCCUAAGAUAAUUUAAAAUAAAUUAUUUUGAAAUGGUCAAAGCUGCUAAUUUUUUUGUUUAUUCUUCCUUUAGAGUAUUGGCAAAUGUGUUUUAGGAAAAAAAAGUGUCUUAACUAUGUUUCCAUAUUUUGUGGAAAUUGGGAGGAUACUUGAAGGAGGGGAGGAAACUGAAUUAGAUUUAUUUUUUUAUCUGUAGUAGAAGACAUUUCGUAUCUAGCAGAAAAAGCCUUCAAAAUAUAAUUUGCUGUUUGAUUUUAAUAGUACUUUGUGAGGUAUCUGGGUGUUAGAAAAAUUAACAUUGGCCAGCAGUUAAACAGAUUAUUUCUACAAUUUGUUCGGUGCAGUUGAGUGAGACUUACUUGCAUGGCUGAUUUCUUUUGGAAGUGAUUAAAUAGUAUAUUAAUUAUUUUUAAAGGUUUUCUAUUUGUCUCCAAAAGUCAGUAUGCAUUGUUUCCCAGUGUAUGAAAAAUAUUUUUUUGUUACUUGAUUUGAGACAGUAUUUUUACUUUAAUAAGGAAACCCAUUUUCCUCCCCUGCCCCUUCCCUUUCAACAAGCAGAAAAGUUGUAUCACACUCAAGGAGCUUAAAAUGUUUGGAAGCACAAAAUAUAAUUUCCCUGGAUUACAGAAGUGAUGAAAUUCGUGCCUGAUUUGGGGCAAAAGGAGGAAAUUGGCAGUCUUGUUUUGGCACACCCUGCCAUUAUCUUUUCAUUCUUCUAUUUUCAGAGAAAGUGUUAGAAAAUGUUUGAUGGUUUUUUUCCCCCAAGAUUUUAAGGUAUUAGUGACGACUGGUCUGUUUCUUUAUUCCAAACAGUCACUGUUGAAUACUAUGCCAAGUGCUAUGAAUCUCAACAUGACAUCCACUUCAGUACCACUAAUGCAUCUGUCCCUUUCCCUGUUGUAUAUCUUCUCCCUUAAUUUGCUCUCCUCUCUUCACACCCUUCACUCUCCAUCAUUUUUCCACCUACCUCUCUUGCUGUCCAUAUGUAACAUCUCAUUCUUUGUUACUGUUCUCUCUUUCAUCUGUUUGUUGCUUCUGAAAUUUGGAACAAUGUGAGAAAGUUGGACUAGACUGUUGGUCUUUUCUGUUCUUUCUAGCACUAAAUCAGAUUUCUAAUAGGGAUGGUUGGGGCUUUGUUAAGUAAACUAUAGGGAGAAGAAUAUCAAACCUGCCCUGAAAAUUCCCAAAUUAUAAAUGUGUUUUCACCAGAUUCCCUUUAGAAAUUAAAGAGAAAAGUAAAAUGUCUAAUCCCCUACACUUUGUAAUUGCCAGAUUUAAACUGAUGUUUCUAUAUCUAAACAAUAUUUCUUGACCCACAAGGCAAAUAUAAAUGUAGGAGAACAUAAAGCUAGAGAGAAAAAGCCUUUGGAUAAACUGGCUUUGAGCCAUUUCUGUAUAGUGCCCAAUUUCAGAACAUAGUGGGUCAUCACAGUUGUCUGGAGUCUUUCUAUGUGUACAAGUGUGUCAUGAAUGUUUCUUUUUUAUUGUAAAAAACCAUACAUUUCUUGAACGAAUGACUAAGUUGUGGUAAUAGAAUGAUGUGGAGACGCUCACACACACAUAUACCCUUUGACUCCUAUUGUUCUGGAAUGUCUAUGUGUUUACACGCAUGCACACACAACACCCCCUUUGAUUCAAAUUGUUCCAAAAUGUCUGUAUGUUCCCUUUCUGUAUUUGAAAAAAAUGAGGGCUAGGGAAGAAGAAAGGGAACAGUGGCAAAGGGAAGCCUUAGAAAAAGGAAGAUCCACCAUAAAGAGGAAGAGCUUUGUGUGGAGAGUGGAGAUAUGGGAGGUGAUGUAAGGAAGAAACACCUCUUACAGUAUAGCAAGGAGAGUUGGAGGGACAUAAGACCUCCCAUAAGAGUUCAGUUUCUCUUAGAGCCUUCCCGUUUAUUCCAAGCUAGUAAUGACACCGUUGGGUAAACACAUGCUAAUUGGAGAAAGAGAGGAGGAGGACCCCAUCUCAGCUUCCUUCUUCCUUAUCUCUGAGACCCACUAUUUUUGUAUCACCCCCAAAGAGUAAUUAACAUAGGGAAUUUCAAGCCAAGUUGAAAUGAGGAUGCAAUGAAAAACCAGUAUAAGAGUAUUAGGAAGUAAACACCUUUUGGGUGUUUGGUGUUGGAUACUGGGUAAGCCCAUUUGUUUUGAGUUUUGAGAGACAGCUGCAAUAUGAAAAUUACUUUUAGUGUAUAACUGGUAACAAAUUUUAGGUCUUCCUAUUUAAUUAUUUAGCUCAGCAAAUCUGUGCCUUACUGCUACUAGGGCAUUGUGUGUUCAUGGAGGGGGAAGACUUUCUAAUGGGAUGGGGAAAAUACUUAAAAAGAAAAAUAAAUUAUAUCAGUGUUUUUAUUGUUAAUUCUGGGAGAGAAUUCAUUAAGUGAAUGAAUGACAAAAUAUUUUUGCAGACUCUACAAGUAUAGUACACUUUUAUAUGAAACUGGUAUCUCAAAUGUUUAUAGGUUUGAAAUGGCACUUCAUCUUUUGAUUUUUAAUUUAGCUUUAUUGUAACAUUGUAAGCCUAUGGAAGGUAGGGCACAUUUUAAAAUUUGUUGUUUUAAACAGCCCAUUUUUUAAAUGCAUUACUUUAGCAUGGAGUUAAAACUAUUUCUCUAAUUCCCCUAGAAUCAGUUGUUGCUAUAAAUUAACUAUUCUUUUUCAAUGCUGUGAUAAAUUAGCUACAUAUGUAUGUAUCAUAUCAAACUUACAUUAAUGUGAAAAGUUGCUUGUGUCCAUGGAUUUAUAGGUAGUUUUGAUUAUUUGUAAAUAAUUUCACCAAGGGGAUGAAAAGAAUUGGAUUUUGUACUUUCAAAAAAAGUGUUUUGGUUUUACGGGGUGAUGGUGUGUGAAGGUUUUUCUUUUAGAAGAAAAGAAAAAAAAACUGGUCAAACCUGGCGGGUAUAUGCAUUUUUAAUUUGCCACUGGUGAAGGUUUAUAAAUAUUAAAACAGUUGACAGGAAAGCUUUUUAGAAGUUUGGUGGUGAAUUAAUCAUGUGUGGGAAAAUGAGAUUUAUAAGUAGUUUUCCAUUUGGGAUGAAAAUCAGAAACGCAAGCCAAGUUGGCUUCAUGUCUUGUUAGAAGAAAAAGGUGAUGAAUUACCUUAAAACAACUGAUUCUAUAUUGUGUGCUUAGAAGGGUUCCCCAAAGUAUUUGUACCAUAAACGUCAUCUGUGUAACUUGGCAAAGCAGAAAUGGGUGUUCAUUUAGUAGUGUUUUCCAUUAAAGUUCUGUGUGUGGUUUGUAUGUAUUGCUCACACAGUAAAUUUUCCAUCAAAGAGAAACGCUCAACAUAUGUCUCAAUAUUAAGGGAGUUGGUAGGGAGGGCAGGAAUGAAGUCCAUCUGGCUGUAGUUCCAUCAGUCAUUAGGAGGGUCAGUUAAAUCAUACAAGAAGAGUUUACUCCUCUCUCUACACCAGCAUCAUUUGGUGUUCCCAGCCAGCCCUGAAUAAAGGACAGAAAGGAUCAGACAGCUUAUUUUGUCUAUAUACUCAUUGUCUACCAUUGGCAACAAAGAAGAGUGGAGGGCUUCAGUCUCUUAGUCUCUUGAAAGCCCCUCUCCUAGUCUACCAUUAUAGAAAAUGGUAUUUCCUGUAUCCACUGGAUAUCCUUCCUUAGGUACCAGCCACAUACUCAGAAGAUUCAGUCCAUACACAAGCAUCCGUACAUCAGCAUUUUAUCUUUUCGGCCUUCCUCUAGUUUUCCUCAACCCCCUUUGCAAUCAUGUUCUUUCUUCAACUGUUUCCAGAAGAGUAUUUAUAUAGUUCACUCUGGAAGAGGCUACAAAAAAGGUAUAGCCUUUGUGGACCAACUCAUUCAUCUUGCCUGGUGCAAAAGAUAAAAGAAGAUAUGAGAAUGUGGCAAUGGAGGCCACGAAAUGCUAAUUUCAGGAACUCUGAACAUUCACUUGCCUCUUGGUGACACAUCCAUCAUGAGAUUUCAAGGCUAGUAUUAGCCAUUAGUAUUUCUUAUACUUUUGCUUGCUUUGUAGAGAUACUUAAUCAUCUAAAAAUUUACAAAUUAUGUUUCACAGUUUCUCUAAGUCUUGUAUGUUGAUGACUUUGUGUCUUCUACUUAAAAUUACUUUUUUUUUUCCCUAAGGAAAUUGCCCUUCUCCCACUCUGCCCCUUCUGAGUACUGCUCGAUAAUCAGCGAGCGCUAGUAGAUUUGAGGGUGUCUCAUUUGAAAAGAUCUGUUGUCUGGCCCCAGCGAUUUGUAUGUGACCUGCCUCUCUGGUUGAUACUUUGCCAAACAAAAUCUAAAUUCUCAAAAUAAACUACAGUGAUGUCUGAAGACUAAA